ACGCUGCGACAGUAACGAACAACUUCACGUCGGUCGAGCGCCACACACAACAAUCGCAGCAGUAUCGACAAACGUUCACAAAACGUUUAGACGUAAAAACUAUAGUGUCACUUCUCUCCUUUAGUAACUAGACCACACAAAAUUUAUAUUUUUUCCGUUGUUUAGUUGUAUAAGUGUUAAGUGUAAUAGAUAAAGUUUAUAUAAUGCAUAGUGCCGCAACCGUAUACGCAUCCUGAAGCAAUUACGUAAUGGGAAUUAUGCUAGAGAAGUUUAAAGUUUUGCCCUGAAAUUCAACAUGGCCGCUGACACAGGAAUGGAUACUUGUCCCAGUCCGGAAAUCACGGACUCUAGAAAAAGACCGCUGGAUGGCGACUCAGAGAAUGGAGACGUCAAGAGAUCACACUUCAGCUCCGUGCAAGACUUGGUGACGGCCUUGCCACUGGCCAACGGCCAUGGCAAUAUAACGUCUCAUUUCGCCGUGGAGCCGACGUACCACUUCAAGGUGCUGGUGCCGUCGAUGGUGGCGGGCGCCAUCAUCGGCAAGGGCGGCGAGACCAUCGCGCAGCUGCAGAAGGACACCGGCGCCAGGGUCAAGAUGUCCAAGUCACAUGACUUCUAUCCCGGCACAACAGAGCGCGCGUGCCUGAUCACCGGCUCCGUGGAAGGCAUCAUGGUGGUGCUGGACUUUAUCAUGGACAAGAUCAAGGAGAAGCCGGAGCUCGUCAAGCCAUUCCCCGAGGGCGUGGACACUAAGAUGCCGCAAGACAGGGACAAGCAGGUCAAGAUCCUAGUGCCGAACUCGACAGCGGGCAUGAUCAUCGGCAAGGGCGGCAACUACAUCAAGCAGAUCAAGGAGACCAGCGGCAGCUACGUCCAGAUUUCGCAGAAGGCCAAGGAGCUGUCGCUGCAGGAGAGAUGCAUCACGGUUGUCGGCGAAAAGGACGGCAACAAGAAGGCGUGCCUGAUGAUCCUGCAGAAGGUGGUCGACGACCCGCAGUCGGGCUCGUGCCCGAACGUAUCGUACGCCGACGUGGCCGGCCCGGUGGCCAACUACAACCCCACCGGGUCCCCGUACGCCGUGUCCUCCGAGGUGACCGAGAGCCACGGUCUCGGCGGGUCGGUGGGCGGCGUCGGCGGCGUGGGCUCCGUGCUGGUUAACGGCGCGGCGGCGGCGGCGGCGGCCGGGCUCGGCGCGCUGUCGCUCACGCUGUCGCUGGCGCCGCCGGGCACGCCGCCGCCCGCGCCGCUCACGCAGCACACGCUCGACCACAUCAAGGUGCACGCGGCGGCCGGGCUCGGCGCGCUGUCGCUCACGCUGUCGCUGGCGCCGCCGGGCACGCCGCCGCCCGCGCCGCUCACGCAGCACACGCUCGACCACAUCAAGGUGCACGCGGCGGCCGGGCUCGGCGCGCUGUCGCUCACGCUGUCGCUGGCGCCGCCGGGCACGCCGCCGCCCGCGCCGCUCACGCAGCACACGCUCGACCACAUCAAGGUGCACGCGGCGGCCGGGCUCGGCGCGCUGUCGCUCACGCUGUCGCUGGCGCCGCCGGGCACGCCGCCGCCCGCGCCGCUCACGCAGCACACGCUCGACCACAUCAAGGUGCACGCGGCGGCCGGGCUCGGCGCGCUGUCGCUCACGCUGUCGCUGGCGCCGCCGGGCACGCCGCCGCCCGCGCCGCUCACGCAGCACACGCUCGACCACAUCAAGGUGGCUCUCCGCCAGUCGGGCUACAGCGAGGCGGGCGUGACGGAGAUCGCGGCGGCGCUGGCGCUGCUGGUGAAGCACGGCGUGCUGGGGCUGGCGCUGCCGCAGCCGAUGCCGCACGCGCCGCUCUCCGCCGCAUACUUCCCGCUGCCGGCGCAGGACCCGCCCGCCGUCUUCGGCCCCAUCGGCCAGGUCGGACUUGGCGGCGCGCGCGGCGGCUCCUUAGACCGUUUCGCGGAGGUUGCAUUCGAGGCGCUUCGCCCCCCAGCCGUGGCGCCCAUCUCGCUGUCGGGCGGCGUGGGCGGCGUCGGCGGCGUGGGCGGCGUGUUCCCGUCGGGCUCGCUGCUGCCGCUGUCCAAGAGCCCCACGCCGGCCGAUGCGGGCGCUAAGGACUCCAAGAAUGUGGAGAUCGCCGAGGUCAUCGUCGGGGCUAUACUUGGCCCCGGCGGCCGCAGCCUGGUGGAGAUCCAGCAGAUGUCGGGCGCCAACAUCCAGAUCUCCAAGAAGGGCACGUUCGCGCCCGGCACCCGCAACCGCAUCGUCACCAUCACCGGCACGCCCACCGCCAUCAACAACGCGCAGUACCUCAUCGAGCAGAAGAUCCAGGAAGAGGAGCUUAAACGCACCCGCCACAACGCCAUCUCCGGCCUCAUGCAGUGAGCAGCGCGCCGCACUUGUAUGCGCACGCGGCGGCUCGCUCGAGCCAGGGAGCAUACAACGCCAACGUGAUACAAAGUUUCCAUCUAUGCAUAAGAAUUACCAUAUCUUUCAAACGUUGUAUACCUCCGCCGCUGCUUGCGCGACACCUCGACUCGACUGUGUUUUAGUGUUUACUUUAUUUUCACUUGCUUAACGCAAAUUUUAACCGACAUUGUAAUGACGACUCAACGAGAAAUUGUAUAUUUUGUUUUAAUUUUCGGAUUUUGAAACAGUCGCACGUCGAGGUCAACGCAUACCAACUAUCCUAAGUAAUGAUUCAAUUCUUCAGUCGCGUUACGCGGCCACUGUUGUAUUAAGCAAUAAGCCAUAACUAGUGAAAUCGUGAUAUCGCCGGAUAGUGACGUUGAUCGGCCGUAGGGUACGUUUGAGACCGCCGGAUCGCAACCGAAGGACAUCUCAAGACACGUCUUGGCCUCGAGUUCGCCUCAUCUGGAAACGGAAUGACAUUGAAUAGUACAAGAUGAAUUCAUCAAGCAUAUAAGAUCAGCUCCCUGUUCCAAGAUGAGGCGUGUCGAGGCGUUAGAUGGCCUUUAGACUCGAUGGGGAAACGGCCGACUCAGUGCAAACACGCGCAAGCGACGUUGCGGACGCUUGCACGUGUUUACAGGCGCACAAUGUGCAUCCAUUUUCCGUAAGGUUUCUAAAUGGAAGCUCAUUGAACGCCCCAGGCAGUCGGCCAAGCGCGAGUCGCCAGCAGCGCCCGAGCGCCGCUCGCGAGCGCGCGGACGCACGCGCGAACCGAACAACGAAUAAUCUUUCUAAGCGGUUAUAGGUGUUACGUGUAUCGUUAAGGAUCGGCCGACGGGCUUUCGACGUCUAUCUGCCUAAAGUCAGAUAGUUUGGCGCGAUAAUAAUAAGUAUAGGUAGCGUCGUUAGAAUAAGUGCAAUAUUUGUCGAUGCCCGGAGGCACGCGUUGUUCGGCGAACGUUCGCGCGCGCGUCCGCCGGGGAGGGACGCAAGUACAACGCUGUACCGCUCUAGUAUAGUUUAGUUCUAGUCAAUCUGCCGACGCGGGACCUCGCAGCGGGAGGGCGCGAGUUACCUGAGCGUAGUUAAGUUGUUUAUUUACCGACGGAGAGUAUAAGUUAACGCAGCUCUCGAUAGGGCCGCGCGCCGCAUCGGGCCGGGCCGGGCUGUAGCAACUAAUGUUCGUUAAAUAAGCCGCGCCCCGCGCGCGCGCCCCUAUCGACACAUAGUUACCUAUUUACAAUUAAAUAGUUUAUCUAUAUUGAUUUUUUGCAUGUACUAUAAUAAUAGUGGUGUUACAUAAUAUUAUAUUAUUGCUAUAUUUUACGUUGUAUGACGAGUGAAGUCUCGCUGCCUAGCAGGCGGACGUUGUUUAAGAUGUAAUUGAAAGAUUGUGAUAUAUCCUAUCACGGAAAUUCCUAUUCCAUUGCACAUUUUAUUUUUGUAUAAUAUUCACCACGUACUACAUCGUUUACGAGUUGAUUUCAUUGUAAAUGUUACCAUUGAUAAGUUAUUUUUUUAGUUACUUGACAUCGUUAGUGUUAGGUUGAGAGUUGUUUUGUGUCGACGUGCGCUGUUGCAUGCCAUGUGACGCUGUUGCAUGCCAUGUGACGCUGUUGCAUGCCAUGUGACGAUGUUGCAUGUCAUGUAACGCUGUUGCAUGCCAUGUGACGAUGUUGCAUGCCAUGUGACGAUGUUGCAUGUCAUGUAACGCUGUUGCAUGCCAUGUGACGAUGUUGCAUGCCAUGUGACGCUGUUGCAUGCCAUGUGACGAUGUUGCAUGUCAUGUAACGCUGUUGCAUGCCAUGUGACGAUGUUGCAUGCCAUGUGACGAUGUUGCAUGUCAUGUGACGCUGUUGCAUGUCAUGUGACGCUGUUGCAUGUCAUGUGACGCUGUUGCAUGCCCUGUGACGAUGUUGCAUGGCAUGUAACACUGUCGCAU